UGACGUUCCGACGAAUGCGGAAACGACUCCGAGGCAGCCAAAACACUCAACAUUUGGUUUGAAAACCGUAUACUAUAAUAUUAUAGCCUACUAACCCCUGGAAUGAUAUUGGACACUAGCGACUUUGCAGCAUAAACAACAACUGGGCAGUUACACUGUUCCUUUUAAGAUGGAGCAGCAAGACCCUGGAGCAGACUCUGUGGUUUCGCCCCCCGCAGGUGGAGCAAAAUCAAAGUUGGACACACUUUCCAAGGAUGACCUCAUUAAGUUUGCUAAGAAGCAGAUGGCUGCCAUGCAGAAGCUCAAAUCUAAAUGUGCAGAUCUGGAGAAGGAGGUUGAGACAAUCAAAUCGAAACCCCCGGAAUCUACAACUAAUAAUUGCUCUCCUGACAAUUCUAUAAUACAGGAACUGACUGAGAGAAUGGAUGCAGUUCUGCUGGAGAAGGCUGAGACUCAGCAAAGUCUGGUAAUGAUGCGCAAAGACAACGAGAAGGCAAAGAAACAAACCAAGGAUACAGUACAGAAGCUGGCAACAAUUCAAGCACAGUUGGACUUGGCAAGGGAAGAGCACCAGAAAGAAAUAGAAGCUCUUGAAAAGACCAUCGGAAACUCAAAAGCCAAGCAUAUGGAGGAGAUUGAGUAUUUCCAGAAGCUCCUGAAAGAGCGCGAAGAGAGCGAGAGGGAGAAAGAGAGUGAAAAAGAGAGACCAAGGCAAAGAGAAGAGGCGGAGGUGGCGGAAGGUGCCCAAGCGCUCCUAAGAAGUCUGGAGUCCCGACUCCUCGGCCUGCAGACUGAGCUGGACUCGUCCAGGCAGCAGGCUGCAGCGCAGCAGGAAGACCAACAGAGGGCGCUGACUGAGGCCCAGCAGGACGCAGAGAACCUGAGGGAGGAGCUGUCCCAGAAGAGCCUCCAGCACGAGGAGGAGCUCCGAGCCCUGGAAGAGGACUAUGAGAUUGAGAGGGAGCGCCUGCUGCUGCUCCAAGAGGAGCUGACAGAACAGCUGGCCCUCAAGGACAGCUACCUGCAGGACGUCCAGGAGGAAGAGGAGGAGCCUAGCCGCGGCACAGGCAUCGCCAGGAUGCUGGAGUUGUCCGGCUGCAGCCAGAACAGCACAAGCGACAACGAGGCCGGGGAUUCCGGGAGGCUCCGAGUGGCGCUGGAUGACCUACAGGCCCACAAUACCAUGCUCCAGGAUGAACUGACGUUGCUUGGCAAUGUCAAGAGUGAGCUGGAGGCAGAGCUGGAACGCGCAAGGGAGGAGUUUCAGAUCGAGAGGGAGGAGCUGGAGUUCAAGAUUGACGAGCUGCAAAUGUCCCGGGAGAGCGCGGCCCUUGAUCCCACAAACCCGAAACACGAGGCUCCUCCAUUUACUGACACCCAUGAUGGACCUCAGACUAACAUAGAAGAGGACUUUUCUGUUGGUCCUAGUCCCAGUAGUCCACUCUCCUGCUCCAGCCCUGUCCCAGACAAGCAGGCUCUUGACCCAGAAGACCAGCAGAACCUGGAGCUCCAGGGUCUUAAGGACCAGUGUGAGGCCCUUGCCCGGGAGAGAAACAUGGCCGUGGCCGAGUAUGAACUCACCAGGGACAUCCUCAGAGGUCUGGAGACUGAGCUGGGCCAGAAGACUGGGGAGUUUGUCAGGCAAUACGAAGCCUUGAAGGAGCAGGGGGACGAUGCUGUUAAGGAACUCCACGAGAAGGUCCGGGUGCUCGGUGAAGAGAAGGAAGCCCUGGGACAGAAGGUCAGUGAGGCCACCGAGGAAAAAGACUUCCUGAAGGAAAGACUCCAGAGCGUUGAGCAGAGUCUGGAGGGCGCCCUGGGCCAGACCCGGGCAGCAGAGGGGCUCAAGGAGACGCUACAGGCCUCUGUGGAAGAGAAGACUGCGUUAGCUCUGGAGCUGAAGGCCUCUGUGGAGGAGCUGAGCAGACGUCACGAGGAGGUCCUCUCCCGAUUGCAGCUGAAGGAGAGCGCCGUGCACGAGCUGGAGGAGAUGCUGCGCUCCGUCACCACGGAAACCCAGUCCCUGCUGCAGCUCAGAGAGCAGGAGGUGGCACGGCUGACGCAAGAGAGGGAGCUGGAGGCGACAAGCGGUAGAGAGGAGGCCAAGAAGCUACGGGAGGAGAAAGACGAGGAGGUGAAGAGACUGAGGGACGAGAGCGGCGAAGGGCAAAAGAAGGUGACCUCCCUGGAGCAGAUGGUGUCGGAGCUCUCCGGUGACAGGGCCAGUCUCCGGCUGAGCCUGGAGGAUGCGUCUACGGCCCUGUCGCACGUCCAGGGAGAGAGAGACAGCCUGGGCCAGCGGCUGCCUGAGCUGGAGAGCAAGCUGAGGCUAGAGGCCGCAGAGAGGCAGCAGCUGGAGGCCAGGAUGACCGGCCUGUCUGAGGAACUGGCCGGUCUGAGGAGCAGGGAGGAGCAGGCCCAGGAGACCGUCAGGGCUCUGCGGGAGCAGGCCAGAGCCCUUAGCAGCUCCUCGGAGGAGGAGGUGCUGGAGCUACGGACGCGUGCAGAGGAGCUGGAGAGGGAGAGGAACAUGCUGAGGAGCAGCCUCGAAGAGGCCCAGAGGGAAAGGGGGUCGGAGGAGGUGCGGGAGGAGCUGCAGGAGCACGUCGAGGAGCUGGAGAAGGAGAGGAACAUGCUGAGGAGCCGUACGGAGGAGGUGGUGGCUGAUAUGGAAGCCCUGCAGAGAGACCUGGCGGAGAUGAGACUGGCCAAUGAGAAGAUGAGAGAAGAGAACCAGGAACUCCAGGCCCAGGUCAUGCAGGCGUCUGAGACGCUGGAACACCGAGAGAGGGAGGAGAGGGAGAGAAGAGACGCAGAGGGAGAGAUGUUGAAAACCGAGGUGGAGACAGAGAGGAGAGAGCUCGAACAACAGCUGGCAGAGAAGGAGUCUGUGAUAUCCCAGCUAAAGAGUGAGAUGGCCACCUUGCAGUCUGCAUCCGACUCCACUCCCUCCGGGGAAAACCUGGACAGUCAGCUCACUGAGAAGAUCGCCCUGCUGGAGAAGGAGAGCAAAGAGAAGGACGAGAGGAUGAACAAGAUCAAAGCUGUGGCCGUGAAGGCCAGGAAGGAGCUGGACAUCAGCAAGAAAGAGGCUGCGACUCUCAAGGAGGAAGUGGAGGUGUUGAAGGCGGCUAGAGAGAAAGUUACCAGCUCCAUGAAAGACAUUAUCCACAGCGCCGAGGGAUACAAGAACCUUCAAAUGGAUUACGACAGGCAGAGCGAGCAGCUGGAGAAGGAGAAGGAGAGAGGAGAGGCGGCAGAGAAACAGAUUGCCGAGCAGACCAAGCGACUGGCCGCUGCAGUCACACAGCACGAGCAGCUGUGGUCCGAGAAGGAGGACCUGUUGGUGGGGGUGGAGACAGCGAGGAGCACCGUGAGACAGCUGGAGGGGCAGCUGCAGGAGACUCACAGACACACGGCCGCGCUGGACAGAGACCUGCAGGCCGAGAGGCUGGUGAAGGAACAGAAGGCCAAGGAUGUGUCCGCGGCUCUCAAGGAGGUGGAGGAGCUGACGGCUCAGCUCCGCAAACUCAACCAGCAGUCUCAGCAGACCGCCCAGGAGCUGGAGCAGCUACGCAAGGAAGCGCAGCAGAACUCCCUGUUGGACAUGGAGAUGGCAGACUAUGAGCGGCUGGUCAAGGAGCUCAACACCAAGCUCUCAGAGAGAGAUGUGUUUGUGGAGGACUUGAAGACCCAGAUCAAAACACACACUCAGAAGGAGGACACACUCCACCAGGAGAUCGAGUCUCUGAAGACACAGGUAGACCAGGGGGAGGAGAAGACCUCCAAGAUGAAACAGCUGCUGGUGAAGACCAAGAAGGAUCUGGCUGAUGCCAAGAAACAGGAUGCCUCUCAGAUGAUGCUGCAGGCCUCUUUGAAGGGAGAACUGGAAGCUCGCCAGCAGCAGCUAGAGAGCUUGAAGAUCCAGGUGUGUGAGGUAUCAGCAGAGAGGCACAGGCUGCAGGAGCAACUGAGGUCAGUCCUGGAGCAGCAGCAGAAAAGCUCCUUCUCUCUCCAGCAGAGGAUCACCGCCCUGCAAGAGGAGUGUCACACCACCAAGGCCGAGCUGACCUCCACGGCCAAGGAGUUCGACAGCUACAAGGUGCGAGUCCACAAUGUCCUGAAGCAGCAGAAGAGCAAGACCACCGCCCAGGGUGACGGAGACACCAGCAAACUGGAGAGGGAGCAGAUGGAGAGCGUGGUGGAGCAGCUGCAGGUCAAGCUGCAGGACAGCCAGCAGGGUCUCCGGGCCGGUGCGGCAGAGCUGCAGCAGCUGCAGGCGGAACACGACACGCUCCUGGAGAGGCACAACAAGAUCCUCCAGGAGACCGUCGCCAAGGAGGCCCAGCUCAGGGAGAGACUCCUGGCUCUCCAGACGGAGAGCGUGUCCCUGCGUAACGAGCACGCCCAGGCGGUGGCCCAGCUGAGCCGCCAGACGGAGGCCCAGCGAGCGGCCUUCAGGGAGCAGAUCCGCCACCUGCAGGACGAGCACAGGGCCACGGUGGAGACGCUGCAGAGCCAGAUCAGCAGGCUGGAGAAGCAGCUGUUCGCCCUGCAGAGCCAGUCCAGUUUGACUCCGGCCCAGUCCAGCCGUAAGCCUGCGGUGGACCGCAGACCCCCAGAGCAGGGGGCCUUGGGGGGCUUCAACCUCGCCCUGAGCGAGAUGCAGUCCAUGGCCAGAGAGGAAGGAGAGGGAAUGGAGACCACCGAGACCGAGUCCCUCUCCCCAGCCCACACCCCCCUACCUUCCCUGGAACAGCUCCUCACCUCCCCGGACCCCAAACAGGAACCGUUUGUGUGGCAGGCGGAGCCGACCAAGGAGGAGCUGAGCCAGAAGCUGACCACAGUCUCCCGCAGCAUGGAGCACAUGAACAGCCUGCUGCACGAGACCGAGGCCACCAACGCUGUCCUCAUGGAGCAGGUCACGCUGCUGAAGAGCGAGGUGCGCCGCCUGGAGCGCAACCACGAGCGGGAGAAGAGCGUGGCCAACCUGGAGUAUCUGAAGAACGUGCUCCUCCAGUUCAUCUUCCUGCGGUCGGGCAGCGAAAGGCAGGCGCUGUUGCCCGUCAUCCACACCAUGCUGCAGCUGAGCCCAGAGGAGAAGAACAAGCUGGCGGCCAUCGCUCAGGGCGAGGAGGAAGUGGGAGGAGCCAGAGCAUCAGGGUGGUCCUCCUAUCUACACAGCUGGUCUGGGAUCAGGUGAACCUGAUCCCAGACCAUGCACUGUCACCACAGCGGCCGGACACUCUCCUACAUAUCAUCAGGCAUUUACCCGACCCUUACCUAGACACUCAUAAAACUUCCCUGGCAUUACUUAUAGAAGCUAGUUUCCUAAUCACGUUCAAGUAUAUCUUUUUAUAUCAACACGUGACCUUAUGUUCUUCACUUGCCUUCUCAAAGAAUUAACUGGUUUGUCUAAUUAACUGGAGCAAUUUAAAAUAUCUGUGUGACCUCACAUACUUGAAGGAAAGCCAGUCGUUACUUAACAAAACCAGCCAGUCAAUGUUCUGUUAAACCGGUGGUUUUUAAACUGUGGGGGCCUGAAUUUCUUCCUAGUUUUUAACAGGGGCCUGAGUAUAUAAUUACUGUGUUAAACAGGCAAAGUUACUGAAUCCAUGGUUUGUUCUAACAUCAAUGCCUUUCUUAUUAUACCGAAAUGGGACCAUUUUAAGAUGAUGUCAUCUUUUCCUUAUCCUGUAUUUUUCCAAUGUUUUUUCAUUCAUUAUCCUAAAGCACAUCAGCACUGGAAACACUGCUUGAGAUUAAAGAGUUUGGUUAUUUUUCUUCUGUUAAUAUAGCUUUUGUUUCAUUUCUGUGCAUUAAUGUAUGAAUCCAAAGCUCAAUGAUAAUGUGAAGAUAAUAAUUUGUUAUUAGGAGCACUUUAUUUAAUGACUGUGAUGCUCAAGACUCAUGACAAAAAGGGGACCUGAACUGUUGUAUUUGCACUCAGAUCCGCAUGAAAGUAAACCAGUGGAAAAUAUGAUCCCUGUUUGACCACAUCUGACCUAAUACUAAUUGGAAAUAUGCUAAUGUAUUCCAUGUCUAAACCCAUUUGGCAGCUGCUUAUUCCUCAUUGAGCCCAAUCGGAUGAGUAAUAUAAACAUGGGAACAACUGAAUGUAUUUUUAACAAAUUAUUUUAUAUUUAUACGUGGGAUAUAUGUGUUAACUAAAAGGGCAGAAUGUUAAUGAGAUCAUUGUUUGCCUAGUGAUUAUGGUUUCAAUGGGAGUUUCUAGUCUUUGCGGCUGAAGUUACUGUCUGAAGGCUCUGAUGCUCUGUUAUAGACUAAAGACAGCAAUUACUAUGUAUCUUUAGAUUUGGCAUUUGUCGUUUAAUGGGGAGCUGACCCGGAGUUGUUUAACUAAACACCAGAAUAAAACAUUGCAAAUAAAACGAA